CAUAUCCUGUACUAUUUUCGACUGAGGUCAAAGGUUUCGAAGGACAAAGAUAGCCAUGGUUUAUGAAAGUAAAAAUAGUUCGGGAAAGCCACACAUUAGUUUCGGCCUGCUGGCCACUUGGAGUGUACAAUGCGAGAAAUAACGAUUUACUGCUCGGGUCGUCAUCUUUUUGUUUAAGAAGGCAACAUAGUUUUCGGAUAUUUGAUAACAAGAUUCCAGUAUGGGAUGUACCGCUACAACGCUGCUCUUGUCGUUCUGUGCGACGACCUGUUUCUGUGUAUUGACGUCCAGUGACGGGAUCAGUGUCCUACCUAGCAGAUCCGACUCAAGCACAAAGGGGAAAGAUUGGUCAUUCUGCUAUCUGACCAUCUGCAUGUGUUCGGGGCCGCUGGCCAACUGUCAGUUUGGUCAUUUGACGUACAUUCCUACAUUUUGGGACAACAUUACCCAACUGAACUUCACAGAUAAUAACUUGCAUUGGAUCUCGAAUGAUACGUUCGCCAACAUUACCCAUUUAAACCUGCAUUUCCUGUCUCUUGCUUGGAACAAAAUACAGAACAUUUCUGAUGAUGCUUUAGCUGAACUCCGUGAGCUCAAACACCUGGAUCUCACAGGAAAUGAUCUUCUUACUCCAAUAGAUCUGGCGACGGCUUUUCGAGGUCUUGAUAAUCUUCCUCUCGAAGGCCUGACGUUAUCAGGUAUGAAGCUAAAGCAUGUGCCACUGAACAUGUUUCAUGGGAUGAAGAAUAACGUCCUUAAGUAUCUUGUCCUGGAGAGAAACCAUCUGGAGGAAUAUAACCAAGAUGCGUUUUCAUUCCUCGGGAAUAUACGUGCUCUAGAAUUAGGGGGGAACAAGAUUAGUUCGUUGAAGUGGGGCCACGCUCCAUAUUUGAGCAUCCUGUCCCUUGAUGGCAACGUAAUAACAGAAGUCCCAUCCUUUUGUGGCAUUAACUCAAGUUUUUAUCCCAAGUUACAGAAGCUGUAUCUUGAGCACAACCUUUUGACUGAAACAAGACCACACAUGUUCAAAUGUUUACCACACAUCAAUAUUUUAGGACUCAAUGCUAAUCCCAUAGAAGGAAUUGAAACUAACACCUUUUCAGAAUUAUCCAGACUCAAAACCAUCUUUCUAAAAAAUCUUAAAGGAUCCAAAAUGUACAUCAAGAAUCAUGCGUUCAAUAACAGCAACAUCAAACGACUCACCAUGGAGGGCAGUCAUUUUACGUACAGUGACAAUAACGUUGACGCAGACUCAUUCAGUGACUCCACAGGCUUAAAGAGCCUUGACCUAUCAUUCAGUGAUAUGUACGGCGUAAAUGAAAGUUUCUUCAUGCGGCUGUUCAAGGAUCUUCGUGGAUUAGGAGGCCUAGCUUUGGGUGACUGUAAACUCGUGUCUGUUCCUGACGCUAUUCCUCUGAUGCUGCACAAUCUGGUAUAUCUUAAACUAUUCAACAACCGACUGACGUUCCUGCCCAAAGACAUAUUCAGAAACUUAACGAAGCUCACACAUUUGUAUGUUGAUGGUAACAAAAUACCAGAAUUUGAUGAGGAUACCUUUCCCGAGAAGCUUAGGAAUCGACUCAGAAAUGUAAAUCUGGCCAAUAACCCUUUUUCUUGCACAUGUUCCAUUCGCUGGUUUCUCUCAUGGGUACAUCAGGACAAGAAAAAGUUUCUGCAAUUUCCCUAUUUCUACAAAUGCAGUUCUCCAGCAUAUUAACUUCAUAAAUCGUUAUCAGAAAUUUCGUUCUCAGAACAAUCUUGUUUGUUUGAGAGAACCGUUUAUGUUGCUGUUCUCGGGGGAACCGUUCCUCUCAUCAUUGUCUUCGUGGUAUGUGUACUGUUGUACAGAUGGCGUUGGCAAAUACGGUACU